UUUGUCAAACAGCAGUCCCAAGUCACAGAAAGCAAGGAGCAAUCCCAAAGCCAACUCACUAGAACUGUCUUCCUUUGUCCUCUUCCACGCAGAAACCGGAGAUGGAAUCUUGCGUCCACGAGUUCGACGUCAUAGUCGUCGGUGCCGGAAUUAUGGGCAGCUCCACCGCCUACCAGACCGCCAAGAGGGGCCACAAGACCCUCCUGCUCGAGCAAUUCGACUUCCUCCACCACCGGGGCUCGUCUCAUGGCGAGUCCCGGACGAUCCGGGCUACGUAUGCAGAGGACUAUUACGGUCCUCUGGUACUCGAGUCCUACAAGCUAUGGCUACAAGCAGAGUCAGAGAUCGGGUACAAUGUCUAUUUCAAGGCGCAUCAGUUGGAUAUGGGCCAAGAAACCGACAGAGUUGUCCAGGCAGUUGUGGGUAGCUGUCGAAAGAACGAGCUUGGUCACCGGGUGCUGACCCGGGAGCAAGUGGAUCAGGAGUACUCGGGUCGGAUCAAGAUACCGGAGGGGUGGGUGGGUUUGGUUACGGAGCACGGUGGCGUGAUCAAGCCCACCAAGGCGGUGUCGAUGUUCCAAACUCUGGCCUUGCAAAACGGCGCCGUGCUGAGGGACAACAUGGAGGUGACGGAGAUUAAGAGAGAUGAAGUGAGGGGAGGCAUUUGGGUGGGGGUAGCAAAUGGGGAGAGGUUUUGGGGUAAGAAAUGUGUUGUCACAGUUGGGGCUUGGACUAAGAGGUUAGUUAAAACGGUUGGUGGGUUUGAAUUGCCUAUACAGCCCUUGGAGACCAGUGUGUGUUAUUGGAGGAUCAAGGAGGGUCAUGAAGCUAGGUUUGCCAUUGGAGGUGACUUCCCUACUUUUGCUAGCUAUGGGGUUCCAUAUAUCUAUGGUACCCCCUCAUUGGAGUAUCCGGGUUUGAUCAAGGUUGCGGUGCAUGGCGGGUACCCGUGUGACCCGGAUAAGAGGCCGUGGGGACCCGGGAACCCGCUGGCUCCGUUGAAGGAGUGGAUAGAGCAGACAUUCUCCGGCGUGGUUGAUUCCGGAGGGCCGGUUGCCACUCAGUUGUGUAUGUAUUCCAUGACCCCAGAUGAGGAUUAUGUGAUUGAUUUCAUUGGAGGUGAGUUCGGGAAGGAUGUGGUGAUCGGAGGCGGGUUUUCAGGUCACGGGUUCAAGCUGUCUCCGGUGGUGGGGAGGAUAUUGGCAGACCUUGCAGUUAGUGGAGAGGCUAAAGGAGUGGAGCUAAAGCACUUUAGGAUAGCAAGGUUUCAAGAGAAUCCUCAAGGCAAUGUUAAAGAUUUCCUAUAAAUCACUACUUUUGUAUUGUGUGUGGAAGAAAAUCUGAAAAUGUAUUAGGUACGUCUACGGGCGUUGAUUUCUUAUCAAAGCCAUCUGCAUGUGAUUUUACUGUGUA